AUGGAAUGGAGGAAAUGCUACUUGGAUGUAAUUCUUGUACCACUAGGGUUUCUGAUAACUGCUUCUUAUCAUGCUUGGUUAUGGUAUAAGGUUCGGAAUGAGCCAGAGUCUACCAUCAUCGGCAUAAACACCAAUGGACGACGAUUUUGGGUCUCCGCAAUGAUGAAGGACAAUGAAAAGAAAAAUAUCUUGGCCGUCCAAACGCUUCGGAACACAAUCAUGGGGUCAACCCUAAUGGCCACCACCUCAAUCCUUCUAUGCUGUGGCAUAGCAGCAGUGAUAAGCAGCACAUACAGUGUGAAGAAACCGCUCAACGACGCCGUUUACGGGGCUCACGGAGAAUUCAUGGUGGCUCUAAAAUACGUGACCCUACUCACACUCUUUCUCUUCGCAUUCAUGUGCCACUCACUUUCAAUCAGGUUCAUAAACCAAGUGAACAUCCUAAUCAACAGUCCACAAGACCCCAUGUCCUUGGUCACCGCAGAUUACGUGUCUGAGCUUUUGGAGAAGGGUUAUUUGUUGAACACUGUGGGGAACAGGUUGUUCUACGCAGCUCUGCCUCUUCUGCUUUGGAUCUUCGGGCCAGUUUUGGUGUUUUUGUGUUCUGCCACAAUGGUGCCUGUGCUUUACAACUUGGACUUUGUGUUUAAUUGUACUGAGAAGAGGAAAAUAGAUACUGGUAGUGAAAAUAGGGCCGAGUUUGUAUGA